AUGGCCGCCCCCAAAGCUACAACGAUAAAAGAAGCAAUUAAACGCUGGGAAGAUAAAAGCGGUCAGCACGCGGCGACGGCCACAGAAGUGAGUCUGGUGUUUCAAUGGCCGCCGAUCGAGAAAAUGGACAAUUCCCUCGCGUGUUUAACUGCUUGCGAAAAAUUGAGCUUGUCUACGAAUAUGAUAGAAAAAGUAACAGGUUUGAAUAGUUUGAAGAAACUGCGUAUUUUGUCGUUGGGAAGGAAUUAUAUUAAAUCAUUUUCUGGAAUGGAAUGCCUCGCAGAUACAUUAGAAGAACUGUGGGUGUCAUAUAAUUUGAUAGAAAAACUGAAAGGAAUUAAUGUCUUGCGCAAUUUGAGAGUGCUUUACAUGAGUAACAACUUAGUCAAAGAAUGGAGCGAAUUUAAUAAGCUACAGGAAUUACCAAAUCUCGAAGACCUGUUAUUCGUUGGAAACCCGUUAUAUGACGCCUGUGAAUUGGAGGUGUGGAGGUCAGAAGCCGCGAGACGCCUUCCGAACUUGAAGAAAUUGGAUGGUGAAACUGUGUUAAGAGAAGAUGAGCCGCCGCUUACAGUAGCUGACAUGCAGGCGGAUCCCGCUGACGCUGUAGAAACUCUAGUCAGCGCGGAAGCUAAUGAUUAG